AUGGAAUACCCAAACCCCACACCGACUGAGGGGCCUAAAACAUCCCGUCCCGCAGAGCACCCUCAACCCACCAAACCUGCGGAGGAUUCCAAAGAAUACCACGACCCCAACGCAAGUCACAUCCGGCCAUUGCGCUUCAAAGAUGGCAGUCGCCCCCAUCGGAAACGAACCCACCGCCGUCAUAGAUCACGGACACCAGACCGCGAAUCCUCCAAGCGGCGCCAUCGCGAGGAGAAGAAGAAACCCGAGUUUCCCGACCCGACAGGUGGAUAUCCCUUCAGUUCAAACAGAGACGCAUUCCGAGAAUCACUCUUCGACGCCAUGGGCGACGACGAAGGCGCAGCGUACUGGGAAUCCGUGUACGGCCAGCCAAUCCACAAUUACCGGGUGCCGGAUGUCCAACGAGAACCGGAGGGCGAGCUGGAGGGAAUGACCGAGGAAGAAUACGUUGAUUACGUCCGUCGACGGAUGUGGGAGCGGACGCGGGAAGGCAUGCUUGCGGAACAGGAGCGUCUGCGUGCUGAGCGACAGCAGAGAAGGAAGGAGGAGACUCAGCGGAAUGCGCAGUUUGAGAGGGAGGCGUUUGAGCGCGCAAUGGAUGAAAGUCUACGACGAGGCGCGGAGCGCAAGAAAGCUAAAGAUGUGUGGGGAGCGCCUUGGGCUGAGUAUUUGGAGAGCUGGGAGACUAUCGGGAAGGCUGCGGGGGAGUCUACUACCAAGUCGCUGCGCAAUUUGAUCUUCUGGCCUGUUCGCUCUGGGAAGAGGGUUGAUGUUCGACCGACGGCUGUUGAGGAGUUUAUGCGGCAUGCUCCGGCGCCGGCGGAGUUAAUGGGUACGCUUAAGACGGAGCGCAUUCGAUGGCAUCCUGAUAAGAUUCAGCAUCGGUAUGGUGCGUUGGGGAUUGAUGAUGUUGUGAUGCGCAGUGUCACGGAGGUUUUCCAGAUUGUGGACCGCUUGUGGAAUGAGGAGAGAGAACGGCAGAAGUGA